UGUAGGGUGCUUUAACCCUUUUUUGAUGCAGUAUCAGUCAGUCUCCGACUACAAGCAUUAAGGCCCUGCCCACCUUUCUUCUUUCUGCUCUGAUGGGUGGUGUUCAGGGGAAGAACAAUUAGACAGCACUGAAAAUCAAUAAAAGGGAUGAAACUUACUGAGCAGUCUAAGAGAGGAGCAGCCAUAUGAAAGUUAUGAGACUUUUUAUCGACACAUUCUUGCUUUUCAUCAUGCUGCAGUCUGCUGCCUCUUCUGCUCCACAUUCUCCCUUGUUCCCCUGGUGUCAGCUACAGGGGAAAUUUCAUCUAAAUGGCAUGCACAAGGCUGGAGAUCUGGUCUUAGGGGGGCUAUUUGAAAUGCAUUUCUUUUCUCUCUUUCCUGAUCUGUUGUUCACUUCUGAGCCACAACAACCCACCUGCCAUGGUUUUGAUGUUUUAGGAUUCAGACAAGCCCAGACCAUGGCCUUUGCUAUUGAUGAGAUCAAUAAAAACGCCAAGCUGCUACCCAACGUGACUCUGGGCUACAGCUUGUACGAUAACUGUGUUGAACUUGGAAUUGGAUUUCGUGCGGCCAUGGCGCUGAUCAGUGGUGAACAGGAACAAAUCAUGUUAGACAAGAACUGUGUGGGAAGCCCUCCAGUCUUAGGGCUUGUGGGCGAUUCUUCUUCUACACGUACCAUAGCCAUCUCUUCUGUCCUAGGUUUGUACAGAGUACCUAUGGUGAGUUUUUUUGCUUCAUGUUCAUGUCUGAGUGACCGCAAGAGGUUCCCAUCCUUUUUUAGGACAAUACCAAGUGAUGCUUUCCAGGUCCGAGCUAUGAUUCAAAUACUGAAAUACUUUGAAUGGACCUGGGCAGGUUUGCUGGUCAGUGAUGAUGAUUAUGGACUUCAUGCUGCCCGAUCCUUCCAGUCUGAUCUGAGUUGGUCUGGUGGAGGAUGUCUGGCCUACUUGGAGGUGUUGCCAUGGGGCAAUGACCCAAGAGAACUGAGGAGAAUUGUGGAAGUGAUACAAAAAUCCACAGCUCGUGUGGUCAUUGUGUUUGCACAUGAGAGUCAUGUGAUUGAUCUCAUGGAAGAGGUGGUGAGGCAAAACCUGUCAGGCCUGCAGUGGUUGGCAAGUGAAGCCUGGUCCACAGCUGCUGUGCUUCAUACCCCUGCCCUCAUGCCGUACCUGGGUGGCACACUGGGUAUUGCAAUACGUCGGGGAGAAAUACCAGGCCUCAGAGAUUACCUGUUAAAGAUACAUCCCAAUGUACAUCACAACAGCAGCAAUGGAAACAACAUGGUGAACCAGUUUUGGGAAUUCACAUUUCAGUGCAGAUUUGCACCACCCCCAGCAGGUUGGGUGGAGAACGGGGGAACAUUAUGCACCGGAGAAGAAGACUUACAGAGUGUGGAAACGGAGUUCUUGGACGUUUCUAACCUCAGGCCUGAGUACAAUGUUUACAAGGCUGUGUAUGCUCUGGCACAUGCCCUUGAUGAUAUGUUGAAGUGUGAGCCAGGAAGAGGGCCUUUCAGUGAGAACAGCUGUGCCACUUUACAAACACUUCAGCCAUGGCAGCUUGUUUAUUAUCUGGAAAAUGUCAAAUUCACCACAUCAUUUGGAGAUCAGGUGUCAUUUGAUGAGAAUGGUGAUGCUUUACCCAUUUAUGAUGUUAUGAACUGGCUGUGGCAUCCUGAUGGAAGAACUGAGGUUCUAAAUGUGGGAGAUGUUAGAACAUUGGCCUUCAAUGUUGAAGAACUCAGGCUUGAUGAAGAAAAAAUCUUCUGGAACUUUGAUUUGAAACAGCCAACCCGUUCAAUGUGCAGUGAGAACUGUCCUCCAGGUACCCGCAUGGUGAGAAAAAAGGGGGAACCAGAGUGUUGUUUUGACUGCAUUCCUUGUUCUGAGGGAAAGAUCAGCAACGCAAGUAACUCCUUGGAAUGCUUCAGUUGUCCAGAAGGCUUCUGGUCCAGCCCCCAACGUGACCAAUGUGUUCUUAAACAAACCGUUUUUCUGUCCUAUGAGGAGCCUCUGGGAAUCUGUUUGACUGCUGCCUCAUUACUGGGAACUUUUAUCUGUGCUGUUGUUCUGGGGAUAUUCGUCUAUCACCGCCGUACUCCCAUAGUGAAAGCCAACAACUCAGAACUGAGUUUUCAGCUGCUGCUGUCACUGAAGUUAUGUUUCCUGUGUUCGCUGCUGUUCAUUGGACGACCCAGACUGUGGACAUGCCAGCUGAGACAUGCAGCCUUUGGGAUCAGCUUUGUUCUUUGUGUUUCGUGCAUCCUGGUUAAAACCAUGGUGGUUCUGGCUGUGUUCAAGGCCUCCAAGCCAGGAGGUGGCGCCAGCCUUAAGUGGUUUGGUGUUUCACAGCAGAGAGGAACAGUUUUAGUUCUUACCUCAGUUCAAGCAGCAAUCUGCAUAGUUUGGCUUGUCUUAUCCUCACCCAUGCCACAUAAAAACACACAAUACCACAAUGACAAGAUAGUUUAUGAGUGUGCAAUGGGCUCGGCUGUUGGCUUUUCUGUGUUACUGGGCUACAUUGGCUUACUGGCUAUCAUUAGUUUUCUGAUUGCAUUCCUGGUAAGAAAUCUUCCCGAUCACUUCAAUGAGGCCAAACUCAUCACUUUCAGCAUGCUGAUCUUCUGUGCCGUGUGGGUGGCUUUUGUUCCUGCUUAUAUCAGCUCACCUGGAAAACAUGCAGAUGCAGUGGAGGUGUUUGCCAUCCUGGCUUCCAGUUUCAGCCUUUUGGUGGCUCUGUUUGCACCCAAGUGUUUCAUAAUACUCCUGAUGCCAGAAAGAAAUACAAAGAAAGCUAUAAUGGACCGAGGCAACAAGAACACUGCUCAACAUUAAUAUUAUGAUUGUUUCAUCUGUUUAAAAGUAAAUAGAUAUUUAUUUUAAAGUAGUAAAAAAAACUCUUAUUCAUGCAGCCAUUUUGUUGUUGUUUUUUAUCUGAAUUGAC